UAAAAAAUAACGAAAAACUAAAAUUUAUUAAAAAAUCGUUUAUUAACGGCUUGUUUAUGUUUUUGAAUGUCGAUAAAGUAUCGAUAAAACUUAGCUAUCGGUUUGCAUUUAUCAACACUCCGAACUUUUGCGUUUAGCACACUGCUCUGCUAUGUUCAGUUAAACAGCUGUUGAGCGGCAAUUGGCCGCCAAAAUUACGGGAUUUGUGCAAUGGAGUUUCCACUCUCAGAUUUUAACUUACGGGACUUACUCCGAGAACUACACAGCUAUGCAUUGAGUACAGAGGGCACAAUGGAGGAGCUACGAGACCGCUUGCAGACGGCUCGCAGCGAUGAGGCCGAGGCUCAGGCAGAGGGUCGUGUGCGUCCUGGAAGACCACCAAUAUGCAAGUAUGGAGCUUGUGUGCAGCCAGAUGAUUUCUCCGAGGUGGAAGUGAUGCAAGAAUCGGAGUACGAGGAGUUCCUAAAGAAAUUACAGUGGAGACUGCGACGUGUUAACAAAUCAUAUCUACGCGAUGGAAUGGAUUACUAUCAUCCUGGAGUGCUCCAUCAAAUUGAUAGGACGAAGACAUAUACCUUUAAUAUGUGCGAGUUUUCUCUGCGACAGAUGCCAUUUAUUCACAAGAUAUUUGCCAUAUUCAUAUCGAGCACAACGGAACAUUAUCAUCGUCUCUGCUAUGCAAAAACUUUUGCCAAGACUCGCACCUUGAACAUGACGAAGGAGCAGUUGAAUGCACCUGUUGUCACACGUGGAGAUGUUGGCAGAGCAAUGUCAAAUAUAUUGCUCGAAAUCGAAGUUAAUGGAUUGGAGAAUUUCGUUGCUGUCAUCACGGACAAUAAUAGUGUCAUCCUCAAAGCUUUGGAAGAGGUUAACAUGGUCAACAGGGCCAAGUUACCUCCUAUUCUUCUCGAUAGUGGCCAACUGCACAAGAUCUUUCAGGAUAUGUUCUGUGCGAAAUCGUCUCGUUGCCUAAUACAACUAGAGACUGCGCAUUUCCAAAAGAGCACUUAUAAAGCUCAACUUGAAAAGAUUGGACAAAACUAUACACAAAAUACAGAUUCCGCCAUGGUGUUUGAAGACCACUUGGCAGCUAUACCGAAAGUAUUGGAGGCCAUGUGGAAGAUCAAAUCGCACAAAGAUAAACCCAUUUCAUUGGCACUCUUAAAUAAUUCACGGUUAAAUAUGUUUGCCAGUGAGGCUGAGAACAAUAUUCCUCCGAUUCCAUAUGAGGAUAGUGCCAUUGGUGGCGGAGUCUUGCAAUUAGUUCUCUUCGAUACGUUAUGGUGUAUGUCCAUUGGAACCGAAAUAGAGGAAAAGUAUGUUGUUGAAACGCAAGACAAAGCAGUACUAGAGUUUGUUCAUGGGCCAGAGCCGGAGCUGGACUUUGACCUGGAACUGGAUCCAGAUAUGGACCCAGAUCUUGAGACAGAUCUGGACCAGGAUCAUGAUGAGUUUCCAAAGUUAAUAUUAGAAGAAGUGCAGGAGUUAAUGCAAGAACCAGUGCAGGCUCCAAUGCCCGGACCAAUUCAAGUAAUAAUACAAUUGCCUAGGCAAGAUCAGAUGCAAGAUCAAAUGCAAGGUACAACUCAAGCGUCAUUGCAAGCAUCCAUUCAAGAGACAAUACAAGCGACAAUUCAGGAUCUAAUACAAGACCCAAGGCAAGGGCGAAUUAAUUUGGUAAUUCAAAUGCCGCCACAAGACCCACUCCAAGGGCCAAUGCAAGGGCCAAUGCAAGAGCCAAUGCAAGGGCCAAUGCAGCAGUUAAUUAUAGAGCCAAUGCAUGACCAAAUGCAAGAGCCAAUGCAGGAAUUAAUGCAAGGCUCAAUGCAAAUAGAAGAUCAAUUGGAGGAGCUGAUUCAUGGCCCAAUGCAAGAACAAAUGCAAGACCAAAUCCAAGGUCUAAUGCAAGGUCAAAUACAUGGAAUGCAAGGGCCCAUGCAAGGACCAAUGCACGGACCAGUGCACGGACCAGUGCAAGCGCCAAUGCAAGGGCCAAUGCAAGGACCAAUGCAAGGACCAAUGCAAGGACCAAUGCAAGGACCAAUGCAAGGACCAAUGCAAGGACCAAUGCAUGGGCCAGUGCAUGGGCCAAUACAAGAAACAAUGCAAGCGCCAUUGCACGACCAAAUACAAGAAUUAAUCCACGGACCUCAUCAAGGGCCAAUGCAAGGACCAAUGCAUACGACAAUGCAAGCUCAAAUGCAAGGGCUAAUGCAUGGGCCAAUGCAAGAACCCACAGCGGAAGAGCUGCAAAAUGAAAUGCUAGACCAAAUCCAAGAACAUAUACAGGAAGAAAUGCAAGGACAAAUGGAAGAUCAAUUGCAAGGAGAAAUCGUGGGCCAAAUCGAAGAGAUGAUGGAGGAGCAAAUGCAAGGGCAAAUGGUAGGCCAAAUGCAAAACCUAAUGCAAAACCAAAUGCAGGAGCAAAUGCAAAACCAAAACGCAUCACAAAUGCAAAUGCAUCACCAAAUGCAUGAACAAAUGCAAGGCCAAAUGCAUGUUCACACUCAAGAGCAUUUACACGAGCAAAUGGAGGAACACAUGCAGGAGGAUAGUGAGGACGAUAUCGAAGAAGACAUCCAAGACGAUAUGCAAGAGCAGAUGCAAGAGCUGUUGACAGAGCCAGCUCAGCAGUUACUGCCAGAACCGAUACAGGAACUAUUGCCAAAUGAAAUACAAGAGCCAAUACAAGAGCUAAUACAAGAUGCAACGCAAGAGCCAGUGCCAGAUAAUUGGUUUGAUAUAUUGGAUCCAUAGGGACUCGUCGUAUGUGAUCUUUAUUUUGCAAAGUGCUGCCUAAACCUUGUAGUAUAUUCUCCUCUUUGCGCUUCAGCGAUAGCUUUGUCUCUUCAUUCUCAUCGAAUAUUUGCAAAUGCUUGGCGUAAUACCAAACAAAUAUAUUGCAAAAACCUCCUAGAAGAACAAAUGUCGCUGCCGUGUAAUUGAGCACAUAUCUAAGUGAGUAUGUGUCGUAAAGCCAACAAUUGCCCUUAUUGCUGCACGUCUUGCCCCAAACCAAGCAGUAUUUAUCGAUUAGCCAACCAUAAAAUAUCGGACUGGGUAUAAAUGCCAGCAACGAAGUGACCAUGCUGCCAAGUCCCAACCCAAAGCUUUUCUGCUCCGGUGGAAUGCAGCGCAACGAUAUGAGAAAGUUGGUUGAUUUACUGGACGCUCCCACAAGCUUGAGGAAGCACAUGACGACUAGGAAAAUGUAGAACUGUUGAGUGCAAUCAACAGGACAAUGUCCACCGACUGCAGUCUGCCACUGAAAGAAUCGAUUAUCAGUUUUACGUUGAAAUUCCACUUCCAAGCAUUACUUACGUGGGAGACAUCAGUGUCAGUAAUGUUUGGAGCCGAAAUACACGAGCAUCCUGUGUAUAUUUUGCGAUCAUUAUCGAACGGAUCUUUGCUCAUGGCAGUGCAGCCAGCAUGACAGGCGGUUGUAUAGGUGACAUUAUUCGGACUACA